GGAGCGUAGGCUGCAUUCCCGUAGGGGCGGGCGGUGGGAGAGCCGCUUCCGGGUGAGCCGCCCCGCCCCCACGUGGGCUUGCUCUUUGAGAGCGGGAGAGCUCAGUGUCAAGGGAGCAGCGGCUCGGAGCGGCGGCGAGCUUCGUCCCUGAGCUGAGCCUGCGGCAGACACCCCAGGAGACCAGAUUCCAUCAAGCAGACUGCCCUGUGCUCCACUGGCCCACACCAUGCAUCACCAGUCUGUUCUGCACAGUGGCUACUUCCACCCACUGCUUCGGUCCUGGCAGACCGCUGCCUCCACCAUCAGCGCCUCCAACCUCAUCUAUCCCAUCUUUGUCACGGAUGUUCCUGAUGAUGUCCAGCCUAUCGCCAGCCUCCCGGGAGUGGCCAGGUAUGGCGUAAAUCAGCUAGAAGAGAUGCUGAGACCGCUGGUGGAAGCAGGCCUGUGCUGUGUCUUGAUCUUCGGCGUCCCCAGCAGAGUUCCCAAGGAUGAACAAGGCUCUGCAGCCGACUCGGAGGACUCCCCCACUAUUGAGGCUGUCCGUCUACUGAGGAAGACCUUCCCUACCCUUCUAGUGGCCUGUGAUGUCUGCUUGUGCCCCUAUACCUCCCAUGGUCACUGUGGCCUCCUGAGUGAGAACGGAGCCUUCCUAGCCGAGGAAAGCCGACAACGCUUGGCAGAGGUGGCACUGGCUUAUGCCAAGGCAGGAUGUCAGGUUGUAGCUCCGUCCGACAUGAUGGAUGGACGUGUUGAGGCCAUCAAGACUGCCUUGCUAAAACAUGGACUUGGCAACAGGGUCUCCGUGAUGAGCUAUAGUGCCAAGUUUGCCUCCUGUUUCUAUGGGCCUUUCCGGGAUGCAGCCCAGUCAAGCCCAGCUUUUGGAGACCGCCGCUGUUACCAGCUGCCUCCUGGAGCCCGUGGCCUUGCCCUCCGUGCAGUGGCCCGGGACAUUAAGGAAGGAGCUGACGUGCUCAUGGUGAAGCCGGGAUUGCCCUACCUGGACUUGGUGCGGGAGGUGAAGGACAAGCACCCUGAGCUCCCCCUCGCAGUAUACCAGGUGUCAGGAGAGUUUGCCAUGCUGUGGCACGGAGCCCAGGCCGGGGCCUUUGAUCUCAGGACUGCUGUACUGGAGGCCAUGACAGCCUUCCGCAGAGCCGGUGCCGACAUCAUCAUCACCUACUUUGCACCCCAGCUGUUGAAGUGGCUGAAGGAAAAGUAAUGGGAAAGUUGUGUAGGACUUAAUCUUGACAAAGCUCCCUGGGCCUUGGAGAAGUGAAAACCAAGUAAAUGCUGCUGUUAGAACUGUGCCCUGUGCCCUCUUCCUGCUCGUGUCGCUGGCAGGGUGCAGCGCCCUGGCUGGUUUCUGCCAGCAUACUAACUAAACUCCCACUCGCAGCUGCAUCCUCCCAGGCCCAGCCCAGAGACCCACCUCCCCGCUCUUCUGAGGUGUGCCCUCAGCUUGGUGGGAGCCAAGAGCCCUAAGCACAACACAGGCUUAGGGCUUUGGGAGAAGAGGAGAACAGUUGGAUCUUGAGUCCCAAAGAAGACUUAUUCAUUAAUGAGGAUCGAAGCCCAGAAGCAGCAGGAAUUCCUGACUGCAGGAGAUGCCAGCAUCAAAAAGUCUAUGCACAAGACAGUUCUGAGAGCCUCUGUCCAGGGCGGUCUGGACACAGCAGCACAUGCAACAGCUUGUCUCUAUAGAAU